AUGCCGCUCCUGCGCAAUGUCCUCCUAUGUUUGCUUCCGCUAGUCCCGUCAGUCCUGUCCGACUCUCAAUGCAAGCCGCAACCCGACCGCUGCAAGGCCGUCCCUGGAACGCCGGGCUGGCCUUCUCCUCAAACCUGGGCACGUCUCAAUGAGUCAGUGUCCGGAAGACUGCUACAACCGCCUCCUCCAGGAGCUGUCUGCCAUGCCGGACAGCCAACCUACAACGAGGCUGCAUGCGCCGCCGUCCGAACCGCCUGGACAAGCUACGAAUUCCACACAGACCACCCCAUCUCAACCGUCUGGAACCAGUGGAACAAUCACACCUGUCUUCCUUGGGAUGGUAAUCCAUGCAGCAGUCAAGGAUAUCCUGUCUUCGUCAUAAACGCAACGACGGUUGACCAUGUGAAGAAAGGGGUAGAUUUUGCAAGGAAGCACAAUGUCAGGCUGGUCAUCAAAAGCACUGGCCAUGACUACGUUGGCCGCUCAAACGCCCCCAACUCCCUCUCCAUCUGGACUCACAAUAUCAAGGGGUUUGAGACUCAUGCCUCGUUCAAGCCGAAGCGAUGCAGUGUCACCAUCGAUAGCACGGCCGUUACGGUAGGUGCGGGCAUGCAGAUGAACGACCUAUACGGGAAACUGGAUGCCAUCAACCAGACCAUCGUGGGAGGCGGUGGAAGGUCCGUUUCCGUGGGCGGCUACGUUACUGGUGCCGGUCAUGGUAUGUUGGCCCCCCACUAUGGGCUUGCUGCCGACCAGGUCCUCGAAAUGGAAAUUGUGACCCCCAAGGGCGACAUCGUGACCGCCAACGAGUGCCAAAACGCCGACCUGUUCUGGGCCAUGCGCGGUGGCGGUGGCUCAACUUUCGGCGUCAUGACCUCGGUCACCAUGAAAACCUUCCCUGCCCCCCAAAUGAUGCACGUGGACUUUGCCCUCCUUGCAUCCGGCAACAACACCGCGACGCGCACCAUCUUCGACAUGGUUGCCUAUGUGGUCAGCCAGCUCCCCUCCCUCGGCGACCAGGGACUCUCGGGCUACUCCUUCUUUUUCCCGCUGCUAAAGGGCAUCCUUUCCUUAUUCCCGCUGCCAGGGGUCACCCCCGACGACCCAGCCGCGGAAGUGGGAGGCUUCUUCAUGAGCGCAGCCCUGAUGAAUGCCACCGCCGGCGACAUGCGUCGCAUCUGGGCGCCCGUGCUGGCCCACGUCAACGCGACUUGGCCCAACCAAUUCGUCCCAAUACUCGAGACCAAGUCCUACCCGUCCUUCUACGCCUGGUUCCAGGAGCACUACGACACGACGCCGGCCGGGCAGGACGGCUAUGCCGUGUCGUGGUUGCUCGACGCCGAGAGCCUGACGCGCGACCUGAACAAGAACUCGCAGGCGUUUGAGCGCUUCGCCGGCGGCGACCUCGGCACGGCCUUCCUGGUCUCCGGCAAAGGCGUGCACAACGCCCAGCCCAGAGGCGGCGGUAACGCGGUGCUGCCUGCCUGGCGCAAGGCCUACAUCCAUGCGACCGGCGGCGUUAGAACUAUCCCGUUCAACGCGACCUCCGCAGCGGAGGCCCGCAGGGAGCUUGCAGCGCGCACCGAGGCACUCAGACAGCUGGACCCGGAUUCAGGGGCAUACAUGAACGAGGCCAGCCCAUUCCUAGACGACUGGCAGCGCGCAUUCUGGGGGGACAACUACGACCGACUCCUGCGCAUCAAGCGCACUGUCGACCCAAACGACGUCCUCUGGUGCACUCCCUGCGUAGGCAGUGAGCGUUGGGAGCAAGUCGGGGAUCGCCUGUGCCGCGUCAAAUAG